UGCACCUCACAUUUGUAACAUUUUAUUUGAUAUAUACUUAAAUGUUUUAAUUGUUAUAAUAUUUAACAUUUAACAGAUGGUUUAAUUUCUUUUUUGUAGAUAAAAUGAUCAAGAGCAACCAUGUAUAAUGAGUAAAUAUAGCUAGCAUGGAUGAUGAAUUUCCCAUUGGGCUUUUAGCAUUUGAUUCAGAUUUUGAAUAUUCAGAAUCUUGUUCUUUCUGUGCAGAUUUUUCUCUUGAUGUGUUGGAGCUUUUUAUUAAUGGAAAAAAAAUUCUUUGCUUUUUCUCUGCAGCUGAAUUCAAUGCAUGUAUAUAUUUUUGUAAUUUAAUGGGAUUUCAUUUCUCAAAGUAUGUACUUGUUUAAAUCCACAUUAUAGGAGGACACAAUAAGAAAAAGGUAUUGCCAUCUUGUAUAAGUUGAUGUCAUGCAAAAUCGCUAAUUUUAUGGGUCUGUGAUGUUUAAGCUAAUUCUACAUUCAAAAUCUUAAAUCUAUUUAUAGACUGCCAAAUGAAACACUACAUAUUGCUACAUAUAUGUAGAAUGGGAACAUUUUUGACUGCAUUUGACAAUGGAUACAUUUCUAAAUUUAUUGGAAAGUCCUUAGAUGAAAUUGCCUGUGAAGACAUAUAUUCAAAUGAUGAUGAUGAUGAUGAUGAUGAUGAUGAUGAUGAUGAUGAUGAUGUUGGAAAAGAACGAGCCAGAAAAAAGAAAACUGGACCUAAGCCUUCAAAACUCCCAACAGACAUAGAUGUGAGUGAUGAACAUGAUGGCAAUGAUGAUCAUAAUGAUGAAGAUGGGGAUGAUUAUGUUGGGAGAGAACGAGCUAGAAAAUAGAAAACUGGUCCUAAGCCUUCAAAACUCCCAACAGGUAAAACUGUAUGUCGAGAGGAAGAGGAAGCAAAUUCAAUAAAGAAGCCUUGCAAGAAUUGUGGGAACAUUUUUUAAGGACUUUUUGCAAUUGGUUUUUGUUUGUCGUCAUGUGGUGUUCAUUUUGUGCUGACAAUUAAAUAAUUUUAAUUUCUUUCAAACUACAUGGCCUAAUUUUUCCAAAUUCUUUCGAUAUGAUGUAUGAUUUGGGUAAGGGGGACAUAAAUGGUAAUUUCAUUUCUCUUCCACACUGUGUCCUUGGUCAGCAGGGCCAAAAUGCUAAAAAGAAAAUCUAAACUUCCACACAUCUGAAAGAAAACUGAAUUCAGUUGUAAAUUUUAUAUUAGUUUUUUUACUCCAGAAUGUAGUUUAAUUACAUGCAUAUAUGAUAUUCCUUUAUUGAGGUCUGUGUCUGGGCUAGUUACUCAGGUGACCGUUAAUGCCUGUUGGCCAGUUUGGUUUAAAAACAAUUCAAUUUUAUACACGAAGAAGUGAUUUUGUGUUAGAACUUGAAGAAUCACCUUGCUUUUUUAGUGUGUAAACAUCACUGUUCAAAUUUAUUGAAAUUUUCAAAAAAUUGAUUGUCUUUAAACUGGGAAUUAAUUCCUUUGAAAGAUUGUUUAUUCAUUUAACAAAGCUGUAUUUUACUUAUUGA